AUGGCUUCAUCAUUUCUCUCGGUUCAAUGCCUCCAGGACUCUCGGCGCCUGGCCUUGCUAACCAGCUGCGAUGCCUUAACGCGAGAUGAGCCGCAGCGCCUGACGGCCGUUCUGGCACUUCGCGCCUUGCUGGCCUGGAACCGGCUCUUGGAGGUGUGCACUCGCAGAUGUGCAGCGCGCAAAGUGAAGCGAUCCAUGUGCGACGUUCUUGGCGUCGGCGCCCGACGGGAGGCCACCACCUUGAUGAGCAACGCCCUGGCAGCCUGGCGCCGUGAG